AUGGUUCGCUCAACCACCAUCUUCAGAGUCAACGACGGCCUCCCCCUCGCAGCAAGCGUCGACGAUGAGACAACCGAGAAGGCCCUUACCGAGUACAAGCAGCAGUCCAAGCUCAUCUUCCGUCGCCUGACCCCCAACUCGGAGCCCGCGUGCUCCAUUGAGAGCGGAGACUACACACUGCACUACCUGAUCGUCGGCAAUGUCAUCUACAUGUGCAUCUGUGACCAGUCGUACCCCCGCAAGCUGGCGUUCUCGUACCUCGACGAGCUGAGCAAGGAGUUCCAGCGUAGCUACGAGGGCAAGAUUGAGGGAGCGACGAGGCCAUACGCUUUCAUGGGCUUUGACACGUUCAUUUCCAAAACCACCCGCCUGUACCGUGACUCGAGGACGCUCACCCAGGGCGGUGGCAGCAGCAGCAGCGCCGCUGGGCCCUCGAACCAUCUCGACCAGCUGAACGAGAACCUCCGCGACGUCACCCGUAUCAUGACCAAAAACAUGGAGGACCUGCUGUGGCGUGGAGACUCGCUCGACCGCAUGUCCCACCUGUCGACCUCGCUCCGCUCCGAGUCUGCAAAGUACAGGAAAGCGGCUCGUCAGAUCAACAUUGACGCCAUGAUACGCAAGUGGGCACCAGUCGGUGGCAUUGCCCUCUUUGUCAUCAUCUUCAUUUACUGGCGGUUCUUCUAG